UGCAAGUAUAAAGAGACAUAUUAUAGGUUGUGGUGAGACAGUAUACUUUAACUCUGACCCCAUCCACCCAAGAGAAAAAGGGGAGGGGGGUGCCCUCCUCAGUGUGGUGUACCUCCACCCUGUACAGAGGUGAUGAUGUUCAUGUGUCCUUUUUAUGGUAACUUUUAAAAACAAUUUAUUUAUUAUUUUAGUGUGAUUAAGGGUAUUGUGUGUAUAGUAUACAUAAAUAAAGCCAGCAACAGAUAUGACAGCUUUUAUUUUUUUUUUUUAUUGAAUUUUUUUGUUUGUUUGUUUUGUUUUUUAUUGCAAGACGAAUUGUUCUCAUUCAUUUAAAAUAUUCUUUAGGGGUGUCAAUAAUUUUGUUGAUUUUUAUUUAUUUAAUUUUUUGCAGAAAAUAAUACCAUAAUUAAAAAGACGUCCUUUUAAGAAUAAGUUUUUCAUUGAAAGAAAUGUAUCAUGUUGAUCAUUUGAAUGAUUGUGUUGAAUAUUUAUCGCAAGCAUAUCAGUUUGUCCCAAUAUUUUAAAGAGUGCCAGUAAUUCUGGAGUUAACUGUGUAAUCGAUGCACAGAAACAAAUAAAAGGCUUCAAGCUAAAGUUUUAUUUUAUCUGGAACUCUUUUUUUGUUCUUCUUCUUCUGCCUUUUUUUUUUCUCACCAAUUGUUUGCACUCACCUCUGGUUUCAUGUUGAGUCAUUUCGGUCACCUCUCCUACAGGGGAGGGGCUUUGAUUGAAAGUUUGUUGAAAUGAAACAGAAGUCAUGUAGUUUGGUGUAGAGUAGACAUGUUCUUCAGUAUCUCUCUCCUUGUACUUUCUGUCCUCCCUUUGUGCGGGGGAAUGAAGAGUGGUAUUAUUGGAGGAAAGGAAGUGAAUCCACACUCCCGACCCUACAUGGCGUCUGUUCAGAUUAACAAAAAACACGAGUGUGGUGGUUUUCUUAUCAGGGAUGAUUAUGUGCUCACUGCAGCCCACUGUGUUGACAACAUUGAUCACUCUGGAAAGGACAAGCUGGAAGUGUUACUCGGAGCUCACAACAUCAAUCAAAAGGAGUCCCAGCAGCAGAGAAUUCAAGUACAGAAAUACAUCCCGCAUCCCUGUUACAAGCGGGGCGAACGUCCAAAUGAUAUCAUGCUACUGAAGUUGAAGUCCAAAGCUGAAGAGACCGAUGCUGUGAAGAUUAUCGGUCUUCCGAAGAAGAACAAGAACCUUCCAGCCCGUCAGGAAUGUUCAAUAGCUGGCUGGGGAAAGACCAAACAGAACAGCGCCGAGUCGAGUGUCCUACGAGAGGUCAAACUCAAAGUACAGUUUAACUUUGAGUGCAGAAAAAUUUGGGAUGACAGAUUUUACACUGAUAGCAUGAUCUGCACUGCGUCUGAUGGGAAAAAAGCUUUUUGUCAGGGUGAUUCGGGGAGUCCUCUUAUCUGUGGAAAUGAACCACAAGGAAUGGCUGCAUAUACCUUUCGGGAAAACUGCUUAAACCGCAAGUAUCCGGAGGUAUAUAUGAAGAUCUCCUACUUUCUUCCAUGGAUUAAAGACAUUAUAGGCUAGAAAGUGAACACAAUGGAAGUAACCAAAAUCCAAUAAAAUAUACAUUGCA